AUGAAAUAUUCAAGUCUCCUUGUUGUAGCUCUACUACAAACUACAGCCUAUGCGGCCGACCAGAAUCUCCGCCGCACUGCUGUGGAAAGCAACAAACCUCUUGAGAAACCAAACAAGCAGGCUCCUCACAAGCAUCAGCCUCGGGGAGCGGGAAAGUCACAAUCUGGAAUGGUGACAUACUUCACAAUGGACGGAAAGACCAAUAUGAAGGAAAAGAAAGAAAAGAAAGGAAGUAAUCAUGAUGGUGACGAUGGAAGAGAUAACCGCAUCGUCGGUGGUAGCCAAUCUGAUCCUGGAGAAUUCCCGUAUUAUGUGGACUUGGGAGGCUGCGGCGGGUCCUUGAUUGCCCCCAACGUUGUCUUGACUGCCGCACAUUGUGGUAGCUACCAAGGGGAGAGCGUUGUUGUUGGAGCGUAUCGUUACGAUUCCACUGCCAACAAUGCCGUUCGCGUAUCCGUCUCUGCCGACGUCCAACACCCGAACUACGAUGACUUUACCACUGCCAAUGACUUUCGCUUGCUACGCUUAGCCCAAGAUGUUACCGUUGGUGGUUCGAACGUCGUCCUUUCCAUCAACGAGCAGUUUUCCCGUCCUUCCAAUGGCGAAGACUUGACUGUUUUGGGACUUGGAACGACCUCGGAAGAUGGUAACGAGGCGAACAUCCUAAGAGAUGUGGUGGUUCAAGCCAUCUCCACCAGUACUUGCAACCAGCCAAUCAGCUACGGCGGAGACAUCGAGGACAAUAUGUUCUGUGCUGGAGUCAAUGGAGGCGGCAAGGACAGUUGUCAAGGAGACUCCGGGGGCCCAAUUGUCAUUCGCAAUGGCAACCAACACGUCCAAGUCGGUGUUGUAUCUUGGGGAGAUGGAUGCGCCCGACCAAACAAGCCAGGAGUGUAUGCUCGAGUGAGCAGCGCAUUCGGUUGGAUUGAACAAGUCGUGUGUGAUCAAUGGAACGUCAAUGCCGACUUUUGCGGCGGAGGUACUACCCCACCACCACCCAGCCCAACUCCGCCAAGUCCACCACCACCUACUCCAACUCCACCAAGCCCCACGCCGCCUUCUGGUGGUGGUGGUUGUCCAGCGGGAGAGAUGGAGUUUGAUUUCACCAUUCGCACUGAUGAAUGGGGAUGGGAGACGUCUUGGGAAGCCACACGCUCCAGCGGUAGCAAGGUCGCAAGCGGAUCCAACUAUGAGUCAAAUCGAACCUACCGCAAGAACAAAUGCAUCCCCGAGGCAUGUUACACAUUGACCAUCUUUGAUGACUACGGUGACGGGCUCAGCUCUGAUGGUAACUACGAAUUGAAAGUCAAUGGUCAAGUUGUUGAGUCCAAGAGCGGCAUCGAUUUUGGAUACGAACGGUCUAUUGAUUUUGGAUCCUGCAGUGGUGGUGGCGGCGAUGGAGGUUCUGAUGGUGGAGGCUCUGGCGGUGGUGGAAGUGGAUCGUCCUCUUGCCUGCCAAUCACUUUGAACCUCCGGACCGAUGACUAUGGCUACGAAACCGACCUAUUCCUGCUCACUGACACGGGAGAACUCGUUUGGAAUGCCAAUGGGUUCGCCGACAACAAGGAUUAUCAAUUCAGUACGUGCCUGGACAGCAGUGAGUGCGCAACUUUGGAUAUCUUUGAUGAGUGGGGAGAUGGUAUUGAGUCUCCAGGAUACAUCAAGCUGGUCGUUGACGGCACGACCUACUUCAAUGGUGGUGACAUUGGCGGAGGCAUCGUCUUUCGCAUUGGUGGCAAUUGCUAA